AUGGUUGUAGUAAAGGCUCAACAGAGUUUGAAAAUAAAUGUUGGGAGAAGAAAAUCAUACAAAUGGGUUUUUUCAGAGAGCAUUUUGUUAUGCAGGUAACUAUAAAUGUUCAUGCAGUCAACUAUGAACAAUCUACACGACAGCAACGCAGUUUCCCCUGCCACUCCUUCUGUUAAAGACUUAGUGAAGGUUUUGUAUGGAGGAAAAAGGUUUGGCAAUCAUGUGGAUGAAGUCUGGCCUAACCUAUUCAUUGGCGACAUGUCAGUGGCCAAUGAUCGCUACAGUCUAUGGAAGAUGGGAAUCACUCAUGUUGUGAAUGUGGCUCAUGGGAGGAUGCACUGUCAGGGGAGUCGUGACUUCUACGGCUCCACUGUGGAUUAUUAUGGAGUGCCUGCUGAUGACUCACCAUCCUUUGACCUCUCUCGCUACUUCUUUCCCGCUGCUGAGUACAUUCAGAGUGCACUUGACACAGCAGGUGGUAAAUACCCAUCCUCGGGUUUUGUCCACUGUGCUGUUGGAGUGAGCAGAUCUGCCUCCCUCGUCCUGGCCUACCUAAUGAUCCACCACCAUCACACCCUACUAGAGGCCAUCAAUAAGGUCAAAGAGCACAGGUGGAUUUUCCCAAACAGAGGCUUCCUCAAACAGCUUCGUGCUUUGGAUAUGAAACUGUGCAAGACAUCCUGA